CCUCAGCUUCUACAGUCCCAAUCUCACUCCCUCUCUCACACUCAAGCAUCUGGUAUAACCAUGUGGACUCGGGCCAGUGCACUGCUGCUCCUCGCCUGCUGUCUCUGGGCAGUGGAGGGACAGAAUGAGAAUGGCAACACAAGGGCAGGCAAUGGUGGUGCUGCUACUGCUGCUGCAGAGAACAGGAAGAGUGUCUGGGAGGACCCCAUCCAGUUCAACAACAAGGCAAAGGACUUCUGCACCAUGAGCGUCACUGGCCAGGGAAAUGUCACCAGGCUGAGGAUAUCGUGCCAGGGUGCCGAGAGAACCUACUGGUGCGAGUACACGGGUAAGCCCCAGAUGUGCCGUCCCUACAACAACAACCCUCACCACUAUUUCACCCAGAUCAUGUGGGACCUGAGGAAACUCCAGAACGCCUGCCAGGCACCCAAAGCUAUCAAGCCUCAAAUGUGCAAGAGGGCACCGGAAGACGCCCAGAUGGUGUUCUCUGCUUCCUCCACGCCAGAAGCCGCACCAGCAGCAAUCCCUGAAAAGCCAGAGAAAGCCCAAGAGCCAAACCAGGCAAAACCAGAGACCCCCAAGGUACCAUUCACCAAGCAGGCUAAGCCAGCCACAACCAAGCCUGAAGCUAAAUCAGCAAGACCAGAGCAGGCAAGGCCGGAGCAAACUAAACCAGAGAAAGCCAGACCAGAGCCAGCAAAACCAGAAGCAAGACCAGCACCUACAAAACCUGAAAAAGCCAGAGCAGAAGCAAGACCAGCACCUACAAAGCCACAGCAAUCUAGACCUGAGCAGGCAAAACCAGCAGCUGCAAAACCAGCAGCAGCUAAACCAGCAGCUUCAAAACCAGCAGGCGCAAAACCAGUCAAGCCAGCAGUGAACAAGACAGCUGGACUAAGAAAGCUUCUGACCCCCAAACCAACCGCUCUGAAACCAACCAAGCCCACUGUCAAGAGCAAUGCCAAACAGCUGGCACAAGAGUAUUGUUGGCGGUCACUCCAAGGCAUCUGUUCCUAUGUCAUUGAUUGGUUUCAGAACUAAUAAUGAAGAUUUAGAUUUCUUUUGAAGAUUACUUCAAAAGUCUGACUAAAGAGGUGCUCAGAGUGGUUUUCCAGAAAAUGACUUUGAUAAAUGGUAGAAGAGAGUUCUAACACCCUCUUCGUGGAAAUGAUCAUGCUGACACUGCUGUCAAUCAAACAACUUUCCAGCCUGCCAUUUCACCAUGAUUUGUGCACUGUAAUACAAAAAUCUACUUGUUUCAACAAAUUAUUAUUAAGUAACUAGUUACAUAGUCUUUUUUAGUUUACUGAACUUUUCAGUCCAAGUGUUACCUCAAGAAACAAAAAAAUUGUUGGCCCAAACUUAGCUCCAACUCUAGAAAACUUGUCUCAUAUGUUCAUUCAAGUAUAAAUUAUUUGUGAAUCUUAACUAAUAAAGGUGUGCAACUGGUUACACACAGUGGUUUUAACAUACAAUGUUUUCAACUUACAUAUCUGAUGCACGUUGACAUACAUCAUUACAUUGUUCAUUUAUACAGUCAUUAUUAUUCAACAUGUCCUCUCCUGGGCUUUGCACUCACAACCUCUUGGUAUUCCUAUCUUCCUGCUCUGGCACCAUGUCAAUGUCAGUUAUCAGUUCAUCUGACUUUUCUCUCAUCAUUGAUUUAACUUAGUUAUUUCAGCAAUUGUAUGUUUUUCUGUAUAGUUGUCUAAUGUUGGUGGUGCAUGUUACUCUGUUUUAAAGUUU